UUUGACAGUACUAAUUCGUUGUUCGAUUUCUGACAAUUCUACGAUCUUUCUGCUCUGAAGGAUUGUCAGGAAAACAUGGCUCCCACAAAGCCCGCUGUAGCGGCCGGGAAGGCGGCACCUAAACAAGCGCCCAAAAAGCAACAGAUUAGAGGCAAAGGAAUAAAAAAGAAGAAGGUUGCUUUAAAGUUCGUAAUCGACUGCACUCAUCCUGUUGAAGACAAUAUUAUGGACGUUAGCGACUUGGAAAACUACCUCAAAACUAGAAUAAAGAUCAACGGGAAAACCAGUGAGUUUGCAAGCGGAAAAUCAGGUCAUCAUGCUGUUACUCUGUCAAAAGAGAAGAAUACCAAAAUAGUUUUGAACUCAGAAAUUCCAUUCUCAAAAAGGUACCUGAAGUACCUUACUAAAAAAUAUUUGAAGAAGCACAAUUUACGAGAUUGGCUUCGUGUUGUGGCAUCUGGAAAAGAAUCCUAUGAACUAAGGUACUUCCAGAUCAACAACCAGGAAGAUGAAGAUGAGGAGGAUAAUGAUUAAUUGUAUUUUACAAUGACAAAUAAAUUAAAAACUCAA